AUGCGCAAGAUAGGCUUGUUGGCUCACUUGCUUCAGACUUCGCCAACACCUAUUGAAAUAUCUAAAACCAAUAAACGUAAGGGUCUCAUCCUUGAAAAGUACAUCGGUCAUCAGCUGCUAUGCACCAAUCAGAAAGAUGCAUGUGUGAUAACUGUACAGGCGAACAGCUCAUAUCGAGGAUUACCGGAAGUAUAUCUUCUCCAGGAAGGAUGUAGAGUGAUCGGUGAAUUGAUACAGUCCUCGCGUCUUAUUGAUACGGGCGUUGGAAAAAUCGUCCUACAUCCAAGCCGAGUGAACCUCCAACAAAGCCCAUGGGCGUCACUCAGAAAGCGUCUGAAGUAUUUAGACGACCGACUGAUCCCGGUUCAUAUGCAUCGAUUCAGUCUUCUCAUUCCCAUUCCACUGGCCGGUAUUAAUGCGAAAUCAGGAGACUAUUUCCGCCCUCUCGUUCCCAGACCACGCGGAAAAAUUGAGUCCAAGAUUUCUAACGAAUGCGUAUUGAGCUGGUUACAACUGCGCGCUCCCGGAGCAGAGGAUGCACAAUGUGUUCGAUAUGCGCUCAAGUGUCAAUCACCCAGCCUUCCGGUACACCUAGAUCGUACUAUACAGUGUUUAGAUUUGCCGUUUGAUUACACUCAGUGGAUUGCUUCACGUGAAAUUAAAGAAUAA